UUUCCCGCCAGCCAUGAUCCGUGGCGGGCUAAUUCCCAGACGAUCUCCCCUCCUCCUGAGCCGCGGUAGUCGGUAGACUGUAGCUGCCUCCUGCCCCUGUGAUGUCGGGGAUGAGCAGUGGUGUAUGUAUGGACACUGACCUCUCCUCAAUGCUGCAGAGAAGCUCCGCCCCCUCGCACCAUCACCCCAAUCACCAUGGAUACGGGCCGCAGGGACAGAUGUCCAGUCUCGCUCCGAUGUUGGAUUACUCUGAGAUGGACCGCUACAGAUCAUCCAUUGCCAACUUCUACAAAACCAACGUCAACAUGAACAUGAACAACUUCCCUCAGGCCAAACUCGCCGCGCGGCUCGCGGCCGCUCCCAUUUUCCCGCCGCGGUUGGGCGCCAUGGCGACGGGCCCCUGGGGUUGUCACGACAACAUGAACCCGGCGGCCAUGUUCUGGGGCCGACCGAAGCCGAACCAUCACCACGGCCACCCGGGUCACAUGGCGUCUGCGCACGUGCCCAGUGCGGCCAUGCACCAGAACGCUUCAGGAAACAGCAACAGCGAAUCAGGACGAGCCGACAAGAACUCACUUCCUGGUUCGCAGACGCAUCAUCACAUGGCGCCGAGCAACGGGAACUUUCUGCCGAAUUACAGCGGCGCGGACUGUUUGAACAAACAGGGACACACCCACUCGGAUAUGAUGGGCCUAUCAGAGGGCGGGGGUUGUAACGGGGGAGGGGUCAUGGGCGGGAGCUUCCUGGGGUCGCUUGGAAUACCUCCUGGGGUCAUUGUCAUGGCGAUGGGAUCGGCCGCGGGAGGCGGGAUUUCUUCUGAAGCGGGAAGUGCUUUUCAGAUGACGGGCGGCCAGCGCGCGCUAACAGACUGUCAGCAGCACACAAACCCCUCCCCGUGCCCCUCCUCCUCGCCGUCGUCAGGGGCAACGGCAGGGGGCGGGUCUUCUUCAGGUGCGUCGGGGGGCGGGGCUUCCUCAGGUGCGGCGGCGAAGAGGAAGAGGAAGCGCUGCGGCGUGUGCGGGCCCUGUCGGAGGCUCAUAAACUGCGGCGUGUGCUCCUCGUGUCGAAACAGGAAGACGGGCCACCAGAUCUGCAAGUUCAGGAAGUGCGAGGAGCUGAAGAAGAAGCCGGGCUCCGGGGGAGGAACGCUGGAGCGCCCCCCGUCUGUCCCGGCUGGAGAGGCGUUCCGAUGGUUUUUCUAAGCCCUUGAACACGGACUUAAGAUGGGACAAAUAAAUAAAAACUGUGCGUCAGUGUGGAGUAAACCGGGAAGGAGGAGACGGUUUGG